AUGGGGGACGGGGGUUGGGGUGUUUGGGACUUUUUUUGCCGGCUGCGCUGCCUUCUUCUGCUCAGUGCUCACGCCAAAUCGUUUGGAGGGGAAGUGGAAGCAGCCGAGCCAGGAGCCUGGGGGAUAGGAGGUUGGACUGCACUGUACGGCAGACAGCCCCGUCCCGAUUCUUCCAUGAUUCCAAAACUUCCAUAUCUUCGCUCUGUGACACCCGAGGAUAUGGAUCUGCCCAGAAUGCAUUCAACGCGCAUGAAGCUUGGCUGCCGAAUAACGUCGAUGACUGCGACACAUCCUUCAGUAUAUCGCCAAUGCCGAAGAGUUCCCACGUGGGCUUCAGCCCAUUUCCAUAUCAAAGCUGUGCAAUCGAAACAAAGUGGUACCAGACGCAUCGUCGAGAUUGCUGCCCUCACGAGCCUCAAUAAAUCUGUCAUGUCGCGAUGCGCCGCUGCCGCAGGCAAUCUCCAGGGGUCCCGUAAGCGUGAACUGCUGGCACUGCCCUACCGACGGGAGCCACCAGACGAGCCUACCAUGGCCGCCAUGACAUGA